GAAGCAUAUAAAUGCCCCUACCAGCCUACCUCUGUCCCAUCCAUCACACUCAUUAAUUCCACCCAACCCAACUACUCUACUCAUAAAAAUCAUUCUCUAAACAAACCAAACCACAAAUCAAAUCCGCCACAAUGAAGUUCUCCAUUUUCGCUACUCUCGCCUUCCUCGGCCUUGCUCUUGCCUCUCCCGCCGCGAACUCCGCGAGCAACACUGCUACUCUUCCCUCCGGCGCAACCUGCAACAAGGACGGAAGCAUGGGCAACUGUCAAAGUGGACUCUGCGUUCAAGAGGAGAACGCCAGCACUGGAACUUGCCAGUAA